AUGUUUAAUAAUGGAUGUGAAGCGGGGGAUCCUGAGCUGCAAGACAAAUCCAUCGAAGCUGGCGAAGGAAUCACUCAGGAGAGCGAAACCUCUGACAACGCACAGAUUUCACGGUGGGAAGAUGAUCCACACAACCCUUUGAACUGGCCAUUAUGGAAGAAAGCCUUGCAAGUAGCGAUGAUUUCAUCAUCUGGGUUCUUGGCCUCUAUGGGAACUUCUAUCGUCAGUCCAGCAAGACUUCAGCUCAUGCAAGAGUUCAAUGUUAGCAGCACCGAAGCCUUGAUACCCGUUGCGCUCUACGUCUUUGCCCUUGGCUUCGGUCCUCCCAUUGGUGGCCCGCUCUCUGAAACCAUAGGUCGUUAUCCGAUAUACGUCGUGAGCGUACCACUCGGAAGCCUUUUCACGCUUGGCGUAGAGUUUGCUCACAACUUUAGUGCCCUCUGUUUUCUCAGAUUUAUGGCUGGGCUGUGCUGGGCUCCCGUUCUGUCUGUCGCAACGGGGACAUUGGCUGAGACGUUCCGACCCAAGACUCGAGGGCCGGGAUCAGCCUUCUUUGUCUUGAUGCCAUUUCUCGGGCCUGCAUUAGGCCCUGUCAUCGGCUCCUUCUUCGUCAACAAAUUCGGAACAUUAUUCGGCUUUUUUGCUGGAGUGCCGUACACAUUUCAUAGUGUCUAUGACUUCCCCCUAGAACACUCUGGCCUGGUCUUCCUCUCCAUUGCCAUAGGCUGUGUUUUUGGUCUUGUCACGAUAAUGCUGUGUGAUAUUCUCAUAUAUCAGAAGCAGGUUGUCAAAGGCCUACCGAGUCAUGUGCCUCCAGAAUACCGCCUUUAUCUAGCACUGAUAGGAAGUAUCGGGCUUCCUGUUGGUCUCUUUUGGUUUGCAUGGGCAGCUCGACUAGACGUUUCGUGGGCUAGCCCUGCGGCGACUAUUAUACCCUUUGCCUGGGGUAAUCUCUGUGUUUUCGUGAGUACGAUGCAGUACAUUUCCGAUACAUACCACGGCAGUGUCGUCGCUGGCGCUGCGAGCGCCAAUGGCCUAGCUCGAUACUCUUUCGCAGGGGCCUUUCCCCUUUUUACCACCCAGACUAGGUGUCGAUUGGGCAACCAGCUUAUUGGGGUUUGUUUCUCUGUUAUUGCUACCGGUUCCAUGGGUUCUUUUUAG